AUGCCCAUCCUCAAGACUGAAACUUACAUAAUACAGAUCCUUGUACACUCGGCACACAUUAAAAACACAGUCACGCGCCCGCCGGGACCCUGCCCUCGCCGAGAGGCCCUAGACCCUCCCGCACGGUCCCCGGCCCGGACACACACCCUCGUGGUUCGGCCUGCGCUGCGGGCGCCGCCCGGCAGCUCUCGGGGCCGCGUCGCCUCCAUGGCUCCGGCCGGCCCCUGGCAGGCAGGGAGAUACAGGGCCUUCUGCCCCGGGCGGAUCCUCGACGCCCUCCUGCAGGCCCACAGUCCCCAGGUUCAGCCCACCCAACCCCCUCGAAGCAUCUGUAAAUCCAUCCACACUACCCCAUACUGUGUGCUAGGGCCCUGCCAGCGAGCCCCUCACUCUUCCCAGGAUGCCACACCCCCAGCCCCAAGCCAGAGAGAGCACGUGCCCCCGGAGCUGUGGGAACCCUUCUACACGGACCAGUAUGCGCAGGAGCACGUGAAGCCCCCGGUGACGCGGCUACUGCUCUCGGCCGAGCUCUACUGCCGGGCCUGGCGCCAGGGGCUGCCACAGCUGGAGGCACCCCCCAGCCCCUCGGCGCUGCUGGCACUGCUGGCGCAGAAGGGCAUGGUGCCCACGCUGCCCGAGCGCCCGGUGCGCGAGGCCGACCUGCGGCACCAGCCCAUCCUCAUGAGCGCCCACCUAGCUGUCAUUGACGCCCUCAUGGUUGUCUUCGCCUUGGAGUGGACAAAGACGCUGCCCGGCCCCUUGGCCCUAGGCAGCUUGGAGCACAAGCUCCUCUUUUGGGUGGACUCGACCGUCCGGCGGCUGCAGGAAAAGACGGAGCAGGAAGCAGCCCAGCGAGCGUCGCCUGCCCCCGCGGACGGGGUGGCCUCAGCGCAGCCCUCGUGCCCCACACGCUGGUACUGGAAGCUGGUUCCUCACGCAAUUGCCUUCUGUUUGAAGGAGUCGGGGAGCAAACCCCCCAUGAUCCGGUACCGCAAGGACCGCGCUGUGGCCCGACGCGCCCCCUGCUUCCCAACGGUGACCAGCCUUCAAGACCUGGCGAGUGGGGCCGCGCUGGCCGCCACCAUUCACUGCUACUGUCCCCAGCUGUUGCGACUUGAGGAGGUCUGCCUCAAGGACCCCAUGUCGGUGGCGGACAGCCUGUACAACCUCCAACUGGUACAGGAUUUCUGCGCCUCCCGCCUUCCGCGUGGCUGCCCGCUGUCCCUGGAAGACCUGCUCUAUGUCCCCCCGCCCCUCAAGGUCAACCUGGUGGUACUGCUGGCUGAUAUGUUCAUGUGCUUCGAGGUGCUGAAGCCUGACUUUGUGCAGCCCAAGGACCUGCCCGAUGGGCACGCUGCCUCCCCCCGAGGCACAGAGGCCUCCCCACCCCAGAACCGCAGUGGUAGCAGUUCUCCUGUCUUCAAUUUCCGCCACCCACUCCUGUCCUCCGGUGGCCCCCAGUCCCCACUCCGCGGAUCCACAGGUUCCCUGAAGUCCUCACCGUCCAUGUCCCAUAUGGAGGCCCUGGGCAAGGCCUGGAACCGCCAGCUCAGCCGCCCCCUUUCCCAGGCUGUGUCGUUCAGCACCCCCUUUGGCCUGGACAGCGACGUGGAUGUCGUCAUGGGAGACCCCGUCCUGCUCCGCUCAGUCAGCUCGGACAGCCUGGGGCCCCCCCGCCCUGCGCAGGCCCGGACCCCCACCCUGCCACCCCCAGAGCCCGGAGACCUGCCCACCAUCGAGGAGGCCUUGCAGAUCAUCCACAGCGCUGAGCCCCGGCUGCUCCCCGACGGGGCCGCCGACGGCAGCUUCUACCUCCACUCCCCCGAGGGGCCCUCAAAACUGCCGCUGGCCUCCCCCUGCCCACCUGAGGGGCCCUCGAAAGUACUGCCUGACGGGCCCACCACUAGAGUAUCCGUCUACUUGCCCCACCCCGAGGGCCCCUUGAAACCAUCUCCCUGCCCGCCUGGGGAGGUUUUGAAACCCCUGGCCCCAUCUGAGGGGUCCCCUAAAGCAGCGGCUUCGUCCCCAGCGGCCACCAACUCUGAAGUGAAGAUGACCAGCUUUGCUGAACGCAAGAAGCAGCUGAUAAAGGCUGAGACCGAGGCCGGAGCGGGGUCCCCAGUGGCCACCCCGGCGGCCCCUGAGGCCCUGAGCUCGGAGAUGAGUGAGCUUGGCGCCCGGCUGGAGGAGAAGCGCCGGGCCAUUGAGGCCCAGAAGCGGCGCAUCGAGGCCAUCUUCGCCAAGCACCGCCAGCGCCUGGGCAAGAGUGCCUUCCUGCAGGUGCAGCCUCGGGAGGCGGCCGGCGCCACAGAGGAGGAGGCUCGUGGGCAGGCAGAGGCAGGCCCGGCCCCUGGUGCGGAGCGGCCAGCAGGCGAGGGCCAGGGCGAGCCGUCCCCGCGGCCCAAGGCAGUGACCUUCUCGCCAGAGCUGGGGCCGCUGCCCCCCGAAGGCCUUGGGGACUACAACCGGGCGGUCAGCAAGCUGAGUGCCGCGCUGAGCUCACUGCAGCGGGACAUGCAGAGGCUCACGGACCAGCAGCAGCGGCUCCUGGCCCCACAUGAGGCUCCCGGGCCCGCCUCGCCACCUGCUGCCUGGGUCAUCCCUGGCCCCACGACAGGCCCCAAAGCCACGUCCCCCAGCCCUGCUCGCCGUGCCCCAACCCCCCGUCGCAGCCCCGGGCCCGGUCCCAGCCCGACACCUCGCAGCCCGAAACAUGCCCGGCCGGCAGAGCUGCGGCUGGCACCCCUGACAAGGGUACUCACGCCCCCCAACGACGUAGACAGCCUUCCCCACCUGCGCAAGUUCUCACCGAGCCAGGUGCCCGUGCAGACGCGCUCCUCCAUCCUCCUGGCGGAGGGAACUCCUCCCGAGGAGCCCACAGCCCGGCCUGGCCUCAUCGAGAUCCCGUUGGGCAGCCUGGAAGAGCCCUCAGCCGAGGAUGAGGGAGACGGGAGCCCCCCUGGUGCUGAGGAUUCCCUAGAGGAAGAGGCAUCUUCGGAGGGAGAACCCAGGGCUGGGCUCGGAUUCUUCUAUAAGGAUGAAGACAAGCCUGAGGACGAGAUGGCACAGAAGCGAGCCAGCCUGCUGGAGCGGCAGCAGCGGCGGGCAGAGGAGGCUCAGCGGCGGAAGCAGUGGCAGGAGGCGGAGAAGGAGCAGCGGAGGGAGGAGGCUGCCCGGCUGGCCCAGGAGGAGGCGGCCUCCCCAGCCCCCGCAGCCCGGCCCCCAGCCGAGGAAGAGGUGGGCACCCGGCGGGGGGAGUUCACAAGGCUGGAGUAUGAGCGCCGGGCCCAGCUGAAGCUGAUGGACGACCUUGAUAAGGUGCUGCGGCCCUGGGCAGCAGGGGCUGGGGGGCCAGGCCGGGGCCGGCGGAGGGCCCCCCGGCCUCGCUCUGGCUGCUGCGACGACUCGGCCCUGGCCCGAAGCCCUGCACGCGGCCUGCUGGGCUCUCGGCUCAGCAAGGUCUACUCCCAGUCCACCCUCUCACUGUCAACCGUGGCCAACGAGGCCCCCAAUAACCUCGGCGUGAAGAGGCCUACGUCUCGAGCUCCAUCCCCAUCUGGCCUCAUGUCCCCGAGCCGCCUGCCUGGUAGCCGGGAACGCGACUGGGAGAAUGGCAGCAAUGCCUCAUCCCCGGCGUCGGUGCCAGAGUACACAGGUCCACGGCUCUACAAGGAGCCCAGUGCCAAGUCCAACAAGUUCAUCAUCCACAACGCCCUGUCACACUGCUGCCUGGCGGGCAAAGUGAAUGAGCCGCAGAAGAACCGCAUUCUCGAGGAAAUUGAGAAGAGCAAGGCCAACCACUUCCUGAUCCUCUUCCGGGACUCCAGCUGCCAGUUCCGGGCCCUCUACACGCUGUCUGGGGAGACGGAGGAGCUGACGCGGCUGACAGGCUAUGGCCCGCGGACCGUCACACCCGCCAUGGUCGAGGGUAUCUACAAAUACAACUCGGACCGCAAGCGCUUCACCCAGAUCCCUGCCAAGACCAUGUCUAUGAGCGUCGACGCCUUCACUAUCCAGGGACACCUCUGGCAGAGCAAGAAACCCACGACUCCCAAAAAGGGUGGCAGCAUCCCCAAAUAG